ACAAACCGCCCUCAGUCGAAAAUGUCUACUUCGCCGUUUUUGCAGCCCCGUCUUGUUUUGGGGUUGCGCACCGAUGUUAAGGGUAACGCUCAAUUCAUCACCGACGAGGACGUCAUCUUCCCCGUGGGAGCGGUUUUGAACGUCAACAACAUCAACCAGAAAAGGCAAAAAUACAUCAGACUCGCCGAGAAGGGCCGAAAUGUGACCGAAGUCGUCGUUAGCCCCAACAAGAAGCUGGUGGCUGUGGUGGAAAGCGGGGAGAAGCCCUUCGUGACGCUUUGGUGUCCUUUGACUUAUAAGAAGAAGCGGCAAAUCAAUUUGCCCGCUGAUAAGGAGAGCUGCGCUGAUAAAUUCACGGCAGUGGCGUUUACUUUCGAUUCGAAAUUUCUUAUGUGUGUGACGGGGGAGCCUGACUGGACCUUGUAUGCCUUCAAGUCUGAUAAAGGGAAGCUUGAGAGUACCGGGAAGGCGAAUAAUUUGGGGAAUACGGGAUAUGUGAGACAUAUUGCUUGCAACCCAAACGACGCCAAUCUGCUAUGCAUCGUCGGUGACGGACUAAUCAAAAUCAUGGCCUGUACUGACUAUUCCUGGCGGCAAUAUGGAUACAGCAAGGGCGAUCAAUGGAAUUUCACCUCAGCAAUUUGGUUGUCCCAAGAUCGACUCAUGGUUGGAACCAACGAGGGCAGACUCUUAAUUAUCGAAAGCGGAGAGUUAAAGUUUGUGUUUAACGCCGCUGAUCUGCCAAUGCUAGACCUCAAAGCCAAAGACGAGCUUCAACAGACUUCCCAGACUAGCUUAAAGGAUCUCAGCAUUUCGGAUCUCCGUCCAGGAGAAGACUACAGUAUUCGAUCCAUGAUACACUUCCCUCGUGGAUUCGCCUUUGGGUAUUUAAAUGGAACGGUCCAUUUAUACGAAAUGGAAACCCCACACAAGUACAUCAAGCGCAACGUUUUUAAAAUUCCUGAAGUCAUCCUCGAACGAGAACUCGAAGAAGAAGCAGAAGAAAACCAGACGAAGAUUAAUUGCAUAGCCAUCAACCCAUCACAAGGACGAAUAAUCGUUACUUGUAACGUAAGCCAGGUUUACCACGCCAUGUUAUGGAUGCAAGAUUCUUCGGCAACUGUUGCCGUGGAGAGUAUGUUUACCGAGUUAGGAUCGAGGUUGCACAAUGGACCCAUUGGUAGUAUGGCACUAUGUAGCUGGAAACCCAUCGUAUUAACCGCUGGUAAGUUGGAUCGCACUCUCAAGAUAUGGAACUACGAAUCAGAAGAGCUAGAUCUGGACCAGACAUUCCAGGACGAUCUUUACGGAGUCGAUCUUCAUCCCAGCGGUCUCUAUGCUAUAGUUGGUUUUUCGGACAAACUUCGCUUCCUUACCAUCAUGAUCGAAGAAUUUGAAACCACGCGAGAGUUUAACAUUAGGGUUUGCAAGCAGUGUGUUUUCAGCAAGUUGGGUCAUAUGUUUGCCGCUGCUAACGGCAACGUCAUCCAGGUUUAUUCUUCCGUAAAUUUCGAAAUGAUGUACAACCUCAAAGGGCACAAUGGAAAGAUCAACGGCAUAUCGUGGACCAACGACGACAGAAAAAUGGCUUCUUGUGGGAGCGAAGGGGCGAUUUAUGAAUGGGGCGUAUCAGAUCAGAAGAGGUUGUCGGAAGUUGUUAUGAAACAGUGUGAAUUUACCGGGGUUGCCAUUACUACAGACGGAAGAUCUAUUUAUGUGGUCGCCAACGAUGGACACAUUAGGGAGUUUAUGAAUGCCAACAUUAAUAGGGACGUGUUGCUGACACCCUCUGGUUUGGAUUCUAUGGUGUUGUCGAAGUUAGACCAGAUGUUGUUUGUCUCCGGGAAUGCUGGUAGUAUUUACAACGUCAAGUUGCCCCUUCUGGAGAAGGCUGAAUAUCAAGAGUACAGCGUCCAUGGAGAUACCGUCACACAUAUGUUGAUUGCUUUCGACGAUAAGUUUCUCUUCACUGGAUCUGCAGACGGAACUCUUGUGAUGUGGAAACUUUUGAACACUGAAGGCAAAGCAAUAAAAAUGGACAAGGAUUUCGAAACGUCUAAAGAUAUAUUGAUAUCGCGGCAAAUCCUGGAAGAACGAAUAGCGCAGACGAAUAAUCUACAGAUGAGACUGAAGGAACUUGAGUCGGAAUAUGCGUACCAGCUACGUCAAAACGACGUAGUCAACAGCUUAAGAAUGCAAGAGAUCCAUUCUGGUUAUUGCCAGGCUAUUGAAGAACUCAAGGAAAAGAACGAGCAACUUGAAAACGACCACGUCCAAGAAAUCCACAACAUAAAUCUAGACAUCAAGAAGAUGAAACUAGACCACGAAGAAUUCGUACGAGAACUGGAAGCCAAUUACAACGAAAAACUAAUCUACGAAUACGAAAAAUUCCUGAGACUGGAAGAAAAAAUGGAAAAAAUGCGACGCAACUUGGAGAAAGAAUUAGACGACCUAGCUGCUGCAAAAAAAGCAUCCGAGGAAAAAAUAACGAACGAGUUCUUGGAAAAACUGGAAGAGAAGCAAAUGCAAUUCGACGAGUUGGUUGAACAAACAGCUUCAAAAACUAAAGCCCACGAGUUGAUCAAGCAACAAAUCGAAGAAGAUGCAGACAGAGAGAUCUACGAAAUGCGAACAUUCCAUGCCAAAGAACUCAAAGAAGAGCAAGACUUGAACGUGAAAAUCCGAGGAGAGACAGCCAUCGUAAAGAAGAAGUUGAUUUCGUCGCAGAAAGAAAUAGACGACUUGAAAAGCAAAGUGUACAACCUGGACAACGAGCACACUAAGCUGAAGAAGUCGAUCAUCAACUUGGAAAAAGACAUCGUCGACUUGAAGAAAGAGAUCUCCGAAAGGGACGCAACGAUCCAGGAUAAGGAGAAGCGCAUCUUCGACUUGAAACGCAAAAACCAGGAGCUGGAGAAGUUUAAAUUUAUUCUCGAUUUCAAGAUUAAAGAGUUAAAGUCGCAGAUUGAGCCUCGUGAACGCAUGAUCCAGGAACAAACCGAGCAGAUUAAUGCUAUGGUUAAAGAGUUGGAGAAUUUGCAGAGGGUGAUUCUAAGUUUGGAUUUGCAACUGCAUGAGUUGAGGGAGAAAUUGUACGCUUCUGAUAUGGAGUUGAAGAAACAAGUGACGAGGAAUUAUGUGAUGAAUCGGGCGAUAAAGAAAAUCAAAACCGAUAUCUUUUUGGCUAGUGGGCAAGUUCAGAACGUCCCGGCGCUGAUUAAAAUCGUGAAGGAUAUGUACUUGAAGUACAACAUAGAUGAAGAUUUUGCGAUAACUCAGGCGGAAGAUACGGAAGUGAAGAGCGAGUUUAUGAGGCAGAGGGAGUUCUUGGAGAGGACUGUGACCAGUUUGCAAGUGCAAGUCAAUAAGAGUUCGUCUACUUUGAGUGCUGAUAAAGUCAAGCUGACUGAAGAGAAUGCUGUUCUUUUGGUGGAGACUAAUAUGUUGAGGAAGGAGUUGAAGGACGAACAGAAGAGGAAGGAGAAGUUGCAGUCGAUUUUGGGAGUGAAUCAGAAGUACUUACCGCCGAAGGUGGCAAUGGAGAGGGUACAGAAUGCUACAGCGACUAGAGAAGAGAUUAGGAAUCAAUACAAGAAGACCAUUGAAGAUCAAGAGAAAAAUGUGCAAGUUCUACGUGACGAAAAUGAUAGGCUUCUUACAAAGAUUUUAUUGGAGGCGUCUAACAACGAACCUCAAAUUGCAGCCGAGUAUUCGACUGUAAUAGAAGACAAGGUUGAAUGAGGAAUCCAACGUGCCUUUUAUUUUGUUGAAUAUUUAUUUAGACACCGUUUUAAAAUAUAUGAAAAUA